AUGAUACCCAUUGCUUUCGUGCAAUCCCUUGCAAAUCUGGAGGGUCUUGAAAAGGUUGCACCUUUUCUCAAGCCAGUGAUUGAAUUGAAAUUCAUCAAGUCAUUCCUACAGGGGUUCCUUCCUAGUCUAGCUCUCAAAAUUUUCUUAUACAUUCUUCCUACGGUUUUGUUGAUUUUGUCGAAGGUUGAGGGUUAUGUAGCAUUAUCAGUACUAGAGCGGAGGGCAGCAGCAAAAUGCUACUACUUUAUGCUGGUGAAUGUGUUCUUGGGGAGCAUAAUGGCUGGAACUUCUCUGAGGAAUGUUUAUCGAAAACUUGAAUCUGAUCUACAAAGCAGUAAGAAGAGGCUUGUAGAACUUGUUCAAGAGUUUGAUGGUUUAAAGAAGGGGCGAGAGGAAUCUGAGGCACUAGAUGACCUUAAGGCUAUUGAACAAAAGUAUAAUGAGCUAAAGGGCAAGAUGGGGCAGUAUGCAGACAAUGAUUCAGCUGCCUUUGAAGCAAUGAGUUAA